UGUAGUACCCGCGAUGAUAUAGGACCGCGGAGAAAAUAGGCGCGCGCCGCAAUCUACGGUCAGUCCUCGCCGAGCUUUGUGCGACGACGCUCGCAUCCGCCACCGUACACAGACGCUCCUAAAUAAAAACAUGACAUAAAACCCUUCGGAACAAAGUUCUAGUCACGCAAUAUAACUGCCACAACAAUCGUGUCAAGGACCCCCGUGUGUAACUCAAGGGUCAACGUACAAAUCGAUCGCUAAGCUUUCAAGUUGUGGUAACCAUGCCGGCUGAAACAGAAGCCAGGAUCGUACUUCGAGAUGUUACACCAGAGAUAUCGCAGCACAUGCUCACAGACCUGGACAAGAUUCCAGGUGUGCAGCUCGGAGACUUUCUGCUGCAGUUCGAGCUGGAUGAGCCUCGAGACUCAGUGCGGGAGAUUGCCAGGAAGGAAUUGAGGGAAACUCCUGAAAUUGUCAAACCUGCUGUCGAGGAACUUAAGAGACUGCUCGAAGAGGACAAAGACAUGUCAGUGCCGAUGGAUAGUGAGGCUUGGCUCAUCAGGUUCCUGAGACCCUGCAAGUUCUACCCUGAGAGUGCCUACGACUUAAUCAAGCGUUACUACGGGUUCAAGUUGAAGCACUCGAAGCACUACGACGGCCUGAUCCCCAGCAAGGAGACCAACGUGUUCAUCCAGAACGUUCUCACUGUCCUCCCCACACGCGACCAGUACGGCCGGCGAGUUCUAGUACUCGAGUUAGGAAAGAAAUGGAAGCCGAGCAAAUGUUCUCUGGACGAGGUGUUCAAGGGCUGCGUGCUGUUUCUGGAGGCCGCCAUGUUGGAACCAGAAACACAGAUCUGCGGAGCAGUCGUCAUAUUCGACAUGGACGGUCUAUCCAUGCAGCACGUGUGGCAGUUCACCCCCAGCUUUGCCAACAGAAUUGUCGACUGGCUACAGGAAGCUAUUCCACUCCGCAUCAAGGGGCUGUACGUCAUAAACCAGCCAUUUAUCUUCGAGAUGGUGUUCAAACUCUUCAAACCCUUCCUGAAGGAGAAGCUUCGCUCCCGUAUCGUGUUCAUGGGCAGCGAUAGGAAGAUGUUACAUGAGUACAUCAGCCCUAAAUGCCUGCCUGACAAGUACGGCGGCACCCUCAGCAUUCCAAGUGUCACUGGAGGACAAUGGCUGGAACUACUCCUCAUGUGUGAUAAAGAAUUUAGUGCGAUCAACUCGUAUGGAUACAAGAAGAAGUGAUAGGCGCUGGUCGAGGGUAACGUGGAUGAUAUUAUGCAAUGUGAUAUAAUGAAUACGCAUAUCGUGAUAAUGAUACUUACACUUAGGAUUAUAUGUACAAAUCAUGAUUUAAGGCUUCAGCCAGCAUUUUCGUAUUUAUAAGGUGUAGAAAUAAAGUAAGGAAAUGUAAAUUUAAU